AUGAAGGACCAGGUCGAUUACUCGCUUUACCUCGUCACCGAUAACACCCCGGCCAUCCUACGCGGCCGCGACCUCGUGUCCGUCGUCAGGGCUGCCGUUGAGGGCGGUGUGACCAUCGUUCAACUGCGGGACAAAACCAGCGACACGGCCAGCCUGGUCGAGACUGCGAAGAAGCUGCACCAGGUCACCAAAGAAUACAACGUCCCCCUUCUGAUCAACGAUCGUGUUGAUGUCGCCCUUGCCGCCGGCGUCGAAGGCGUCCACAUCGGCCAAGAUGAUAUGGACCUCGCCACCGCUCGCCAGCUGCUGGGUGAAAAUGCAAUCAUCGGAGUGACGGCAUCCUCAGUCGAGGAGGCCAUCAGAGCCGCGAAGGGAGGUGCUGACUACCUGGGUCUGGGAACCAUCUUCGCUACUCCAACGAAGGAAAACACCAAAUCCAUCAUCGGCACUGCUGGCCUGCGCGACAUUCUCCUCGCCCUUUGCGAGCAGGAGGACAUCGCCGACAUCAAGACCGUCUGCAUCGGCGGCAUCAAUGCUGCCAAUUGCCAGCGUGUCAUCUACCAGUCCAUCGCAAAGUUCAAGGCUAUCGACGGUAUCGCCGUUGUUAGCGCCAUUAUCGGUGCUGAAGACCCCAAGGACACGGCCGAGAAUCUCCGCGAGCUGGUGAGGACACCGCCGCCUUUCGAUAUUCAGCAGCGUCCGCUGUACCACGGCUCUCAUGAAGAGAUUCAGGAGCGCGUGCCACCGGUCGUGGAAGCGCUUGCGAAGAUGAACCCUCUGUGCCACAACAUGACGAACCUCGUGGUGCAGAACUUCGCUGCCAAUGUUGCGUUGUGCAUCGGUGCCUCCCCUAUCAUGUCCAACAACGGCCUUGAAGCAAAAGACCUCGCAAGCCUGGGUGGUGCUCUCGUCAUUAAUAUGGGCACGGUCACACCUGAGGGCCUGCAAAACUACAACCAUGCACUGCGCGCCUACAAUGACGUAGGAGGGCCCGUCGUCUUCGACCCUGUCGGCGCGGGCGCCACCGAGCAGCGCCGCAAUGCCGUCAAGUCGCUCCUCGCCGGCGGCUAUUUCGACGUCAUCAAGGGCAAUGAGAACGAAAUCACCACCGUCUUCGCCGCUAACAACCCGCGCGGGAAAGACAUCCUGCCGCAGCAGCGCGGCGUGGACAGCGCGCCGAGCACGAGCAGCGUCGAGGAGAAGGCCAAGCUGGUCGACGAGCUGGCGCGCCGCGAGAAGAAUAUCGUCGUCAUGACAGGUGCCGUGGACGUGCUGUCGGACGGCGGCACCACCUUCGCCAUCCGCAACGGCCACGAGUACCUUGGCGCAAUCACCGGCUCCGGCUGCACGCUCGGCACCACCAUCGCCGCUUUCCUCGCCGCCGCCAAGGGCGAGAAGCUCGUCGCUGUGCUGGGGGCCGUGCUGAUGUACGAGAUCGCGGCCGAGCGCGCCGCGGCGAGGGAGGACGUGAAGGGCCCUGGCACGUUCGUGCCGGCGUUUUUGGACGAGUUGUACCGCAUUAAGAAGGAGACGAGUGAGGGUGAUUAUCAGUGGUUGGAGGCGGCGAAGGUUGAAACAAUCAACGUGGAGGAUAUUGACUGA